GCCGACAAAGUCGCCCCCGUCCUUCUCCACGCUCAUCACGACCGCUUCUGCGGGUUCAUGUCGACGUAUCCCUCCGGUUUGACAACAACAGAAGGCUCAAUCACACCCUCCCACGGGGGAAUGGUCGCUGGCCCCGAAUACGACGUGCCCAUUACCCAGAAGCCCAUAACAGCCCAAACGCCGGACCGCGAGCGACGGACACCCACCAUGGACCGCACGGAGAGGACAGAACGGUACGCGCCAUCGAGGUCGUCGUCGACAGCCCAGAAACCCCGUCCUGUGUCGAUGCCACCUCAAGCAUACGCGCCGCCGACGAGCACGGACCGCGAUCAGAGGCACGAUGAUAGUCGUCACGGUCGCACCGAGGGCAGCUCGACGAGCAAAGCACGCAGCGGAACCCGGAUUCUUGGAGACUACACGCUGAGCAAGACGCUGGGCGCGGGAAGCAUGGGCAAGGUGAAGCUCGCGCACCACAACAUCACGGGCGAGAAGCUCGCGGUGAAAAUCCUGCCCCGUGUACCGCCUAGUGGGACGGCGAAUGCCCCAACAUCAGAGGCGGCGGCCAAGCAAGCGUCCAAGGACGCGUCCAAGGAGAUUCGCACCAUCCGCGAGGCCGCGCUGUCAAUGCUCCUCCACCACCCCUAUAUCUGCGGCAUGCGUGAAAUGAUCAUUCACCAGCACCACUACUAUAUGGUCUUCGAAUACGUCAGCGGGGGCCAGAUGCUCGACUACAUCAUCAGCCACGGUCGGCUGCGAGAGCGGGUCGCACGCAAGUUCGCGCGGCAGAUAGGGAGUGCUUUGGACUACUGCCACAAGAACAACGUGGUGCAUCGAGACCUCAAGAUAGAGAAUAUUCUCAUCUCGCAUUCGGGGAACAUCAAGAUCAUCGACUUCGGUUUGUCCAAUCUAUACAACCCUGUCGAUCACCUCGCAACGUUUUGUGGUUCAUUAUACUUCGCCGCUCCGGAGCUUCUCAACGCCAAAGUCUAUACUGGUCCGGAGGUGGACGUCUGGAGUUUUGGUGUUGUGUUGUAUGUGUUGGUAUGUGGCAAGGUGCCGUUCGACGACCAGAGCAUGCCAGCACUGCAUGCGAAGAUCAAGCGGGGCCUGGUGGAAUACCCCGUAUGGUUGAGCGCAGAGUGCAAACAUUUACUGACGCGUAUGCUGGUCACCAAUCCCGCCGCACGCGCAUCCCUCACUGAGGUGCUGAGCCAUCCUUGGAUGGUGCGUGGGUUCCGUGGCGCGCCUGAUUCCCACCUCGUGCAUCGGGAGCCUCUACGUGCCGACGAGCUCGACCGCAGUGUCAUCAAGGGCAUGAAGGGUUUCGAGUUCGGAACCGAAGAGGAGAUCGAGCAUAAGCUUAUCGAAGUCCUCGAGUCCGAUGCGUAUUACCGGGCGGUGCAACAUUGGGAGCGGAAACGGAUGACCAAUGGGCGCAAUGGCCACGGUCGCUGGGGCGAGUCGUUUUCCAAUUCCUCUCUUGCUAUCUCGCACGACGGCAGUUUCUCUACGUCGACCACCAGGGUCGACCAGUCACCGUCCAAGAAGGCGAAGCGUUUCUCUGGGUUCGACUUCUACCGCCGCAAGCUGUUCUCUCCUUCAUCCUCUCCCCCGACCACACCCAUGGCGUCCCCUCCUGGCUCACAGUCACACUUGUCCAACUCCUCCCUCCUCGAGACUCAGCGCGAACCUGCGGACCCGACGUAUGGAUUCAGCCCGCUUAUCUCGAUCUACUUUCUUGUUCGCGAGAAGAUGGAACGGGAGAAGGUCUAUGGUCCGGGCCACUUCGCAAGCUCCCAGCUCUCCCUGGAGUCGAGUUCGCGUCCCGAUGCGCUCUCCGGUGAUGCACCCGUGCAACCCCCAACCUCCGCAAAGCAGCUCUCUACCCCCUCCGUUCGCAAGCGAGACCCCCCUGUCACCAGCAAGCCCGACUACAGCAUGCCCCUUCCUCGCCUUCCUGCACCCGAGACGUCGCACUACUCCGGGAUGUCUUACGAUGUCACCCCGGCGACGCCUUCCCCCACCGCGUCUGGCUUCCCUCAGCCUCGCGCGCGUGAUGCGGCUCUUACAGUCCCGAAGCGGGGUGAGAUGCCGCAGUCGACCUCCAUGCCGAAAUCGGUGGCUGCCACCCCGGCGCGGAUGUCCAUGUCCAUGUCUAUGCCCCGCGAGCCCGCAAGCACCGCCCAUCGUCGCAGCCACAGUCUCAGUCAACGUCCAUGGCACGGGAUGUUCGGCUUUGGGGGUCCCGACGAGGUCAACGAGCACGGGACUGUGCGCUCGCGUAGAGACACGCUUGAGCCGCCACGCACGGCUGGGCCUGAGUUCGGCACCUUUGCGGAGAAGAUGGAGGCACCUCGCGAGAAGGAGGGCGAGGCCGACAAGGACGCGGAGGAGGAGCCCCGCACGCCUAUCAUGCUUGCGGCGGGGGCGACGCUGGUCCGUAAAUUCGGCAGUCUCCUUGGCGGACGAAGCGACGACUCGCGUCGGGCAGGCACGCCAACGAAGCGUGGGAGCAUCCUGACGAGCUUCUCCCAGCCGAGAGCUUCGACAGAGCCCCCGGAGAGCGAGCAGCCGGAGCGGAACGGCGUCAACGGUGCGCAGCAUGCUUCCGUGGCGGAGGACGGGCGCAAGAGCGGGUCUCCGACGCCCACGGGCACGAUCUCCCAGAGCCAGAGUCAGCCUGUGGGCUCGAUCCACAGGCGCGCGGCGACUAUUCUGGACCCGCAGGGCCGGACGAACCGCCAUGAGCGGAGGAGCAGCACGGGCGCGGCGCUCAUGUCGGGGGUGGGCGGCACGAUCGGGCGCCAUCGUAGGCCCUCAACAGGCAACUCGUAUGGUUUCACGAAGCCCCUUCCAGAUCGGCUGUUUGGACGGAUGGACGAGGAGGAAGAGCACGCCGAGCAUGCGGAGAACGAGGAUCCGCCCGGUGAGAAUGGCGUCGACGACACGCCGAAGGGCGAGGAGUCCCAGGGUGAGGACAAGGACUUCAAGCCGGUGUAUCUGAAGGGCUUGUUCAGCGUCGCGACCACGUCGACGAAGUCGCCGCAGGUCAUCAAGACGGACAUCAAGCGCGUGCUCGACCGCAUGCAGGUGCAAUACCGCGAGACGAAGACGGGCUUCGAGUGCAUCCACAUGCCUUCCAUUGACGUGUCUUCCAUUCAACCGCCGGCGCCGUCAAACCACCAGAAGCGGCCGUCGACGAGCUCGCACGAGGAUAACAAGCGCACGAUCACGAAGAAGGGCUCGAAGCGCUCAUUUGGCAUGCUCAGCAGGGACCGCGAGCGCGACGCGAAAGACAAGGAGCUUCCCAGUCGGCCCUCAGGCGGCACUACCCUGAGCACGACGGCAAGCAGCGCCUCGUCGUCGUUCUUCCAUGUGUCUUCCAACGCGCACACUGCGACGGUGGAGGCCGCACGCUCCGAUACGCUGGAGAAUGUCGGACCCGCCGAAGAGAGCGGCGCGCCGCCGCAGUCGCCAAAGGGCAAAAAUCUGCCCCCUAUACCCCGCGACUUCGCCGCCAGCCCGCAGCCCACGUUGCUCACGCCCUUGCCGACAGGAGCGGUGGAUCACGAUGUGUUCGAGACCAUCGGCGCUAGUUCGCUCGCCGUGCGGUUCGAGAUCAAUGUUGUGAAGGUUCCCUGGCUGCCAUUGCAUGGUAUCCAGUUCCGAAGACUGACCGGGGACGGAUGGCAAUACCACAUGCUGGCGCGGAGGGUGCUGACCGAGUUGAAGCUAUGACAAUCGUUUUGACGGGUUCGGACACUCCUUUUUUGUUUUGUGUGUUCUCUGGUUCGGAUCCCCGUUCUGUUCCGACUAAUCGCAUCGUAGUACAAAUCGCCCAUACACUCGGUUAUUUUGCGCCUUCCAGCCCCGCCCCGCUCUCGCUCCAACUUCUAGUACGGCUGGUUCCCUCUGGGCUAGACCACUAUGUCCCUCCUUAUGGACGGCUCGGGACGCGCGCUUUGCAUAUGCUGCUGCUACCUACACCAAUAGUUCUCCACCUGUAUGACUGCUAUACCAACAUGGAUCUCUGGGGCAUAUCCUC